AAGUGAAGCAGAUGUAAGCAAAGAGCAGAUGCCGCAUUAUUUGAGGUUGGAAUCUACGCCCGACGGUGUGAUCCUCAAAUUUGUAUUGCGUAUAGUGAUUGUAUGGAUUUAUGUACGCAUAUUCUUAUACGCGAGGAAUUCAGAAGAAAAUCUGAUCUCCGAAAGUUCGAAGACAAUAAUUAGUAUCACUUUUUGAGUCACAAAUAUACAGCAAAAUGAACGCGCGUUCUUUAUUGAGGUUAUGCUCCACUGUCAGAAACGUUAAUUCUAACAGAUACAGGUUUUACUGCAGCAGAAAUGUAUUGAAACUUCACGAGAGAGGCAUGUACGAGGAUAUAUUUCCCGAUGACAGUACAAAUGACAUAGUGGACUUACUGAACAAAUCACCCCAAUGCGUCUAUGCUGGCUUCGACCCGACGGCAGACAGUUUGCACGUCGGCAAUCUGCUCAUCCUGAUGAAUCUCUUGCACUGGCAACGUGCGGGGCAUCAGGUUAUAGCCCUCGUGGGAGGUGCCACGGGUUUGAUAGGCGAUCCUAGUCACAGGAAGUCCGAACGCGUCGAAAUCGAGAGAUAUGCAAUCGAAGAGAACAUCAAGUCCAUCACGAGGAAUAUAGAGACUAUAUUUAACAAUCACGAGGAUUAUUUCUGGAGGGACAGGAACGCGGCGCUGAUGCCCCCGAUUAUAAUAAACAAUUUGGAAUGGUAUACCGACGUGAACGUCAUCGAGUUUGUCAGAAACGUCGGAAAGUACUUUCGGAUGGGCACAAUGCUGGGCAGAUCCUCCGUCCAGUCGCGAUUGAACUCCGACGAAGGGAUGAGCUUCACGGAGUUCACGUAUCAGGUGUUCCAGGCGUACGACUGGCUUCAGCUGAUGAAGAGUUACAAGUGUCGCUUCCAGAUCGGCGGUAGCGAUCAGAUGGGCAAUAUCAUGUCCGGCUACGACCUGAUCACGAAAAGCACGCGGAAGGAAGUUUACGGUAUAACGUUGCCGCUCAUAACGGCCGAGGGCGGAAAGAAGUUCGGAAAGUCCCUCCUGAACGCGGUGUGGCUGUCCCCGACGAGAUCCUCGAGCUUUCAGCUGUAUCAGUACUUCUUCAGAACCAAGGAUUCCGACGUUGAGAAAUUUUUAAAGCUGUUCACAUUCAUACCGCUGAAUAACAUUGCUGAUAUUGUGAAGACUCAUAUGAACGAUCCGGAGCAGAGAAGAGCACAGAAAUUGCUAGCGGAGCAAGUCACACGCUUAGUACACGGAGAGGACGGACUGUUGGCCGCAAAGCGCGCGUCCGCAGCAUUGUACGACAAAUCGAUCGAAUCAUUCGUAAGAUUAAACGCAUCGGAACUAAGAGAUGUGUUCGAAGGCGCGAACAUAGUGGACAUCUUAUGUCAGCCAGGGAUUACCGUGUACGAGCUUGUAAAGAAGGCAAGGUGCUUUAAAACCGAUCACGACGCCGAACGAAUCAUAACCGCGGGCGGAUUUUAUGUAAAUCACCAAAGAAUUACCAAUUUGAACGAGGUAAUUGUACCCGGCAUCCAUAUACUAAGUAAUAAUCUAUCGUUGCUCAGAGUUGGUAAAAAAACGUAUCACAUAGUCCGAUGGCAAUGAGACGAACAAGUGUACAAAUGUAUAAUAAACGGAAUAUUUUAGUACUCAGAAAA